AUGAUGAUAGAAGAAAGAAUUCACUUUUUUUAAAAGAAGCUAAUAAAUUUAGAAUUGGAAAAGAUGGUCAAUCUAAAGUGUUUUUAUGAGAUGAUGUCAUUUAUAUUAGAUUAAAGAAGAUAUAAUUAUAAAGAAUUAAAUAAUGUAUAACUAUUCAUUAAUUUAGUAGAAUACUUAAUAAGAAUCAAAAUAAUGUAUAUGAAUUAUCAUUAUAUUUAGGUUCUAAAGUUUAUUCAUUAUUGCGAAAAAUAUACUCAAGAGACUUAGAGUGAGAAUUAAUAAAGAUUCAUUUAAGCAGCAGAAUUAAUAUAGCUAAUUAAAAACGUACUCUAAAACAAAUAAAUUCUUAAAUUUGAAUUGAAUAAUGUGAGUACUUUAAUUAAAACAAAAAGGAGGCAAAUUAAUACUUAGAGCAUAUGAUGUUGGCUUAAUUGAAUUAGUUGUUCUAUUGACUCAUUUAUGUAGAUGAUAGGAAGUUCCUUUAACAUUCAUUAAAAGUAAUAUUCUUAAACAUGUUCAAUUAGAUAAAACAAGUUUAGAAGAAUUUAUUUAUGAAAUAACAGCAAUUUGCAUA